GCAUAUGCAAUCUACGACCGAACAAGAAGAUGUCGCGUCCAUGGUCAACAUCUGACGCUUCAAUUUCUGGACCAAUUGUACGCAGAUCUACAAACUUCCGAAUGAUUUUGGAACUUUCUAGGAAUUAGCUCAGGAUAUAUUCUCACAGAAACAUUACAAUCAUCAGGAAAAUUGGUGUAUUGACUGAUGUCGGAGACCCAUAUCGAAGUGAAAAAUAUAAUAUUUGAUGUUUCAAAGUGUAGUUGUUGAUACCGGUACUUCGAAAAGUUUGAGGAGCCAGGAGUGAAAUUUAUUAUCGCACGGAUAAUGUGCCAGGAGUAAGCCGAAGCUUGGCGGGUCAGAGCUCAGAGAAAGCCAAGUUGCGGAGGAACUCGCCGUGACUUUUGGAAACGAACUUAAAAAGCUGCUGAUUUGAGAAGUUUACGUAGAAACGAGGAUAAACUAUUCCUACAAAAUGAAGACGACGGUAUUCAUAGCAGUGAUGGUAGCCGGGAUAGCCUACGCGGUGGGCGUCACCGUCUUAUACGAGAGGUGCAACGAGAACAAGUGUGUCUCACGAGUCAGCAAGUGUCAGCUGACUGGGGCUUGCGGUUGCACGCUGGACAACUGCACUUGCUGCGUGAACUGUACUCUCUGUCUGGCAGAGCUGUGGGACGAUUGCUGCUCCUGCGUCAAUAUGUGCAAACCACGCAACAUGUCCGCAACGGAUAUGGCUAGCUACAGUACCAUUCACGACCUCCGGGUGGAUUCUGGUAUGGCGGAUAUCCUUUUUAACGCCCUCACCGAGCACGACAAGCCACACCCUGAUGCUCAUUGGACGGUGGAGAGGGUUACGCCCCAGGAGGAGGGAGUGAUCUUACCAGGCCUCGCAGGACCCGACAAUAGUGAAUCAAGAGAUAACUCACCGGUGGAAUCAUCACCGAGCACCAAGCCUGCGACAUCAACAGCCGCAUCAGCCAACGAAACCAUCGUGCCCAUGGACACCUGUACAGUAGCUUAUAUCAACAUUUGCCUCGGACUUAAGAAGUGUGAAGACGCUUGCGAACACAUGGGGGCGGCAAAAUAUAGAUGGUUUCACACGGGGUGCUGUGAGUGUGUCGGAAGCACGUGCCUCAGCUACGGCAAGAAAAAAGCUCUUUGUAGGGAUUGUCCCAAUGAUUAAAAACUGCCAUCAAUGUACUUUAGAUCUUGGGAAAGAUGUGGAUUCCAUGCCGAGUUGAAUGAACAUUGAACAAAGGAAAAGAUGAUUUUGUUUUCUUUUUCACUAUUGUGUUAACAAGCAUUGUGUAUUCAUAUAAAAUGGUAAUGCAGUGAUUUACUGAGGAAAAUGACAUGCAAGUGACCUUAUUCAGUUUAUAUCAAACAAUAUAUUUGGGGCAAGAAUUGGAAGUGACUCUUAAAAUUAAUAUCAAGAUCUUAACUUUGAGAAUGAUUGAAGUAACUUAACAAAACCUAAUUUUACCUUUAAAAAAACCCUACCAUUUUUCUUUGAUGAUGUAGUACACACUUGUAAAUAAGAUGAUUCCCAUUAUGGGUUGUAUGUAGCAAAGUAAAUCAAACUUGAACCAAAGGGAAAAAAUAUCUGUAAAACUUAUCUUUCUAAUUGCAAAAUAUGAUUAAAUCACUCUUCUGCUGUUCUUGACACAAUUCAUUUUAGAUAAACUUCCAUUAAACAAUAUACCCAUUGAAGUUUGAACGUUGACUUUCAAUCAGAAUUUCUUUUUGAUAUCUUUUACUUAGUGCAAGGGGUAUUUUUAAUGACCAAUAUUCACUUUCUUCCUAUUUCAUGAGGUUUUUUUUACAAUCUAUUUAAGAUAUUUUAACUCCUAUUUUGUACAUAUGUGAUAUAUUUAUUAGAAAUUGUCUAGAAUGUACAGUUUAAUAACUAAUAAUGUGAAAAAUUAAAGAAGUUUGGGGUAAACUUAAUGUAAUAUUGUGUGGAGAAAGCUUAUGGUGCUUUUGCCCCAAAUAAUUUUUUUAUGUCAAUGACUUUGCAGUCUCAAACAGAUGAUUUUUUAACAAUUACCUUUUAAGGAUGUUUUUAGCAUCAUGUUCCAUUCAUUUACAAGUAAUAUGUUUGGAAAACGUUUUUGUGAGAAAAGUGAGGAAAUCAUGUUCUUUUACAAGAAAUUCAGUAUUAGUUAUAAUAUUGAUUCAAAACAAAGGCUUUCAUCAAGUGUAUUUUAAACCAAGAUAUUUUUCUGGAUAUUUUAUGAAAUUUUCUGUUUUGGUAAAAGAAAAUUUAAAGAAAAGGGGAGAAACCAUUUUUUUUUUUACAAAUUAACAACUCAAAUCACCUGUAGGGGUCUUAUUUGAGAUGCUAAAAUAGGGAAUAUGUCUUGAAAAAAUACUGGAGAUUUUUUCAUUUGUAGUUGCCUCAAAUAAUAUGAAAUGUCACAUGAAGGAUAAAUUAUGCUUGUAAAGCCAUUACAACUCACAUUUCUUGGUAAAUUAUUUCUUAAAGAAUUAUUAAUGUUCAUUAUGAUUUCAAUAAUUCAGUAUUGGCAUUACAGCUCAAGGAAGGGGGUAUCACAACCUGAAAUUAUUAAACUAGUAUGAUUAUUACAAUAACAUUAUUUUCACAUUUAUUUUGAUAAAAAGGACACUCAUGAUAACUGUGAACAAAACAAAUGUACAUGUAAUAAGUUGAAUGAUUGUGACCAACAGGGUUUUAUAAAACUCAUUUGAUAUACUCUACCCUCAAUAAAGAAUAUGAUUUUAAAAUAGAUUAGAUGUUCACCUCUGGUAAAAGAAAAAAAAGGUGCUGCUUGCUAAGUUUUGAUUAAUGAAAGGAUCUUUUACCAACUCUUUCACGUACCCAGGUUAAUGGUUUUGAAUCCUCAUGAUAGAGACUCACAACAAAAUUAUUUUUUGCAAUAGUUUAGACCAAGGCAUUUUAAUUAUUAGUUUGGUAUUGAUGUAACCAUCUUAGUAUUAUUCAGCUCAAUAUUGGUCGAUAGCAUUAAGUGACCUUGCAAAUUUUCCACCAUGACAUCAUGCUUCUGUAAAGUCUGAACAAAUUUUUUUUCUAAAACUGUAGGGAUGUAUGGUAUCUUUUGUAUAACACUCGUGGCUGAUAAUAUUUUUAAGAAGGAAAUAAUGUUUUGUUGAAACGUUUCCUACAAAAGUAUUGGAAUUAUUGUUUCCCAGCAUUUCUGAGAGCAUUAUGUUGUAAGCUUAGUCACCAAGCAGGUGUAUACUAUCUAGGUGUGUAGUUCAAGCUUAUCUAAUUGGACAAUUUAUGAAGGAAGCGCCUGUUGGCUCAGGCCAGUCAGUUGUCGCUCAAAAUUCAACGAUGGCCGCAUUUUGGGCUGGUUAUUGUCUCUACUUAUGACAAGUCUAGGUCUGAUAAACUAAACAGUAUGUUAGUUAGUCAAACCAUUCAUGAUGAUAAAGGGGUUUUCAUUGUUUUUAUUGUAUAAUAUUACAUUUAUGUCAAGGAAAUUACACAUGUUUUUUAUUUAUUUUAGUUUUCAAGGGGAAGUUUUGUACUCAAGGUCUGAAGAAUUGAAAGGCUGAAAUCGUUUUAUCAUGUAUCGAAACUGCUGAAUAUUGACUGUCGAGUGUGAUCUUGUCCAUAUUUCUUACAAUACAAAUCUGUAUGACCAGAUGUAUAGUAACAGGAAAGUUUGUGUUUGUUUUUAAAUUACUCUUUGUGUGAUUCAUAACUCUUGAGCAUAAAAUCAAAUUCAAAGUGAGUUAUAAUGUUCAGCAGAGACUGCUAUUACCAGUUAAUUUUUUUUAGUUUGAAAAUGCCCAACAAUCAUGAACAAAACAAGUUGAUUUUACAAGAGCUA